AUGGCACCUGCUGUCAACACUGUCACCCUGGCCUCAGGCCACAAGAUGCCAUUGGUCGGAUUCGGGCUGUGGAAAGUGCCCGCCGACAAGGCGGCCGACACCGUCUACAAUGCCAUCAAAGCCGGUUACCGUCUGUUCGACGGAGCGUACGAUUACCAGAACGAGCAUGAAGCCGGGAAGGGCAUCAAACGGGCCAUUGAUGAAGGCUUGGUCAAGCGAGAGGAGAUCUUCGUCACCACCAAGCUCUGGAACAACUACCAUCGCAAAGACCAUGCGUUGGCCAUGGCCAAGGCCCAGAACGAAGCCUGGGGACUGGGCUAUAUCGACCUGUAUCUGAUCCAUUUCCCCAUCGCCUUGCCAUACAUCGAGCCAGAGAAGCUCCGGUAUCCGGGUUGGUGGCUAGAUGCCGAGCAAACGCAGAUUGAACGGGCCAACGUCCCUAUCAAAGAGACGUGGGAAGCGCUGGAAGAAGUGGUCGACUCGGGCAUCGCCAAGUCGAUCGGCAUCUCCAACGCGCAGGCCCAGACCAUCUACGACAUCCAGACGUACGCACGCCACCCCAUCUCCAGCCUCCAGGUCGAGCACCACCCGUACCUGGUGCAGCCGGACCUGGUCGAGCUCGCCCACGAAGAGAACAUCGUCAUCACCGCCUAUUCUUCCUUCGGGCCCCAGAGCUUCCUCGAGCUUCCUCCCGCGUUCCGCAAGCGCCCGGAAACCGUGCCGCUGCUGUUCGAUGUCGACGUGGUCAAGAAGGCCGCCGACCGUACCGGCAAGUCCCCCGCCCAGGUCCUGCUCCGCUGGGCCACGCAGCGAAACAUCGCCGUCAUCCCCAAAUCCAACAACGUCGGCCGGCUCCAGCAGAACCUCGAGGCCACCGGCUUCGACCUGACCGACGACGAGAUCAAGGCCAUCAGCGCCCUCGACAAGGGCCUGCGCUUCAACGACCCGGGCUUCUAUCUCGACAAGCCGCUGCGCAUCUUUGCCUAG